AUGGGCUUUAAUCAGUUACAACUUCGCCAAGCUUGUGACAGCUGCACGACGGCCAAGGUCAAAUGCGACAAAGGGCACCCAGUAUGCCAAAGGUGUCUGGAUAACGAAGAGUAUUGUCAGUACAGUCCUUCUCGAAGACAUGGCAGGCGGCCAAGACGUUCUCGAACGACCAUCCAGCAGCCAACGCCUUCGUCUAUCGCAAGCGAACCCGAAGCCAUCCCUUCACAACCCUUGAAAGCUGCUUCAGAGUCUUGCAUCACGCAACAGUCUGUUGACUUGCUCUCAUGGGACACCCUCAACUUGGGUCCGUUUUCCGAGAACACAAGCAACCAGUACCCUUCAGACUCUGAGCUGGAUAUAUCGAACUUCCUACCAUGGUCCAAUUUCGGAAGCUCAGACUAUGGAGAGGUCACAGUAAGUGCUGACAUGUUCAGCCAUUGCGGCGUGGAGCGACUAAAGAAUAACACCGAGCAUGCCGUGGAAUGCGAAUCACGAGCUCUUGCUGUGCUGAGAUCACUGUUGUAUCGCCCAAAACUCUGCACAUCAGAAUGGAAAGACAGUACCCUUGGGUUAUCACCAAAUUCAACAAUCGACUCCGCCUCACAAGCUCCAAUACACCCAGUCCAUUCCAUGGACACGGUGCUGGCCACCAACAAAGCCGCACUGAACGAGUUGACACAGCUGCUCGAAUGUCACUGUGCCGAGAAUUCGCACAUAGCACUACUUCAUUUGACAAUACUGUCAAAGAUAGUUUUUUGGUACAAGGUCGUGGUUACCAGGACGUACAAUUCGGAGAGGGUGGACCUGAAGGCGAUGAAGAUACGUUUUGGCGCCCUCGAUCUCGACGACGAUGACUCGACAAUACUGCAUCGAGCAGUACUCUUCAGGGAGCUCCAAAAGGCAGGAAAUGUAGUUCGAGCCUUUGAAGUUCGUUUCUCCAACCCUGGUGCGUCUCUUUCUGGUAAAGAGUUGCCUUGGGGCCGCCAAAUUGUUCGUGCGAUUCGAGAAGACCUCGACAGCUGCGUCUGCGAAAUUGAGAAACGUUGA